UCCCUGAAGAAACUCUCCCAAGAACCAUUUGACUGGGACGCCCUAAAUAAAUUGCGAUUCUGAAGAAAAACCCUAAACCCUAAUAAGCCGCACGAAGGCAUUGAACCUUUUUUCUUGCUCUGCUCUAUUCUCAAUGGCUGCUCCGAAGCUUAGCAAGGGAAGGAGUAAGGGAUUACAGAAAUCUCACCCGAAGAAGAAGCAGAAGAAGGACGAAGCUCGCUUGUCGGAAAAAUCGGAAAAAGAGAAUAUCCUCAGUGAUGAUGCUGAAAUAACUGAUGAAGAGCUCGAAGGCGAGCAUGAAACAUCCGAAGAAGAAGCAGAAGAGCUGGGAGGUGAAUCUGAGUCUGAUAUUUCUUCUGAUGGAGAUGAUGCUAUGGCGGAUGAUAUUCUCGGAGGGAGCGAUGAUGAUGAAGGUUAUGAUGAUGUUGCGGAGGAGGAUUCAGAUGAAGGUUCGGAUUCUGACGUUUCUGAUAUUGAGAAGAAGGCAAGGAUUAUUGACAAGGAAAGAGAAAGGGUAGAGGAGGAAGGAGAAGCAGAAUUGCAGCUCAAUAUCAGAGAAGAAGCUGAUGAAUUCAGAUUGCCUACCAGUGAGGAACUUGAAGAAGAAACACAGAGGCCUCCUGAUCUCUCCAAUCUCCAGAGGAGGAUAAAAGAGAUCGUAAGGUUGCUUUCAAAUUUCAAGUCAUUGAGGCAAGAAGGAGUCACACGCAAGGAUUAUGUUGACCAACUUAAGAUGGAUUUAGCUUCAUACUAUGGGUACAAUGAUUUCAUGAUUGAAACUUUAGUUGAGAUGUUCCCGGUUGUUGAACUUAUGGAACUUAUUGAAGCCUUUGAAAAGCCUCGACCAAUGUGUCUUCGAACAAACACUUUGAAGACUCGUAGACGGGAUUUGGCUGGUGUCCUGUUGAACAGGGGGGUCAAUUUAGAUCCACUAAGCAAAUGGUCAAAGGUUGGAUUGGUUGUAUAUGACUCACAAGUACCAAUUGGUGCAACUCCAGAGUAUAUGGCUGGUCAUUACAUGCUUCAAGGUGCAAGUUCAUUUUUGCCUGUGAUGGCUCUUGCUCCUCAGGAAAAAGAACGCAUAGUAGACAUGGCUGCUGCUCCUGGUGGCAAAACUACUUAUGUUGCUGCUCUUAUGAAAAACAGUGGUAUUGUUUAUGCAAACGAGAUGAAGGAGUCAAGACUUAAAUCACUUGCUGCUAAUUUACAGCGCUUGGGAGUAACAAAUACCAUUGUUUGCAAUUAUGAUGGUAGAGAGCUGCCCAAAGUUUUAGGUCAAAACUCAGUUGAUAGGGUGUUGUUGGAUGCUCCUUGCAGUGGCACUGGGGUCAUAUCUAAGGAUGAGUCUGUGAAGACUUCUAAAACUGCUGAUGACAUACAGAAUUGUGCCCGCUUGCAGAAGGAAUUAAUCCUUGCUGCAAUUGAUAUGGUGGAUGCUAAUUCAAAAUCAGGAGGAUAUGUUGUCUAUUCAACAUGCUCCAUUAUGGUUGAUGAGAAUGAAGCAGUUAUAGACUAUGCUCUGAAGAAGAGAGAUGUGAAACUUGUCCCAUGUGGAAUUGAUUUUGGCCGUCCAGGGUUUAUUCGUUUUAGACAACACCGCUUCCACACAUCUUUAGAGAAGACACGCCGAUUCUAUCCUCAUGUCAACAACAUGGAUGGGUUUUUUGUUGCAAAGUUGAAGAAAAUGAGUAAUUCCAAGCGAACUCAGACACCCGGUGAAGCAUCAGAAGAAACAGAAGGUAAUGAGUUGAUUGACAACACCAAGCAGAAUGCCAAAGGGGACACUGAGAAACAACACUUGGAUAAAGAGGGUGAUGGAAAAAUGAAGUAUAGUUCCACUGAAGAUGUAAAAGUAAAAGGCCAAAACACUACGAAAAAGAGGAAGAGACAUGAUCAGAAACAUUCACCAAAAAACUUUGAUGGAAAAGAAAAUGGAAAGUUAAAAGCCAGUUCAACUGUUAACAGGAAAGAAGAAAAUCAAAUGGGUAAAAAAACGAGGAGGGAAAGGGUGAAGCCUCCAUCUAGAGAGGAAAUUACAAAAUCCAGGGAAGAGAAAAGGCAAGCUCAGAGAGAGGCAAAGAGAAAAGCCACCACAGAAAGGAAAGCUAAAAACAGCAAAGGAAGCAAAGCCUGAAAUGACUCAAUAGCAACACAGUGAGUCUAACGCGAGGUAGGAUAACCAAAGUCUGGUUGGUAGGAUGUUGUGGAUUAAUGCAUUAUUUGUUAGAUGUGCUACUGGGCUGCCAGUAAUAUGUUAGUUUUAAGUUAUUUAAAAUUCCAAAUUCUGUUGGUGGCCCAUUCAAUUGAGAAGAAGCAACAAUACCUGCAUUUUGAUGCAAAAAAAAACCAGUUGAUUCCUCAGCCAUUCUUGGCUCUGGAAUGCAAAAAUUUUGUGUUAUUGAUUUUAUGUAAUUUUAUGAAAUGCAUAAAACAAGAUCAGUACAAGUGAUAUGAGAGACGGGGAAAUUUAUCAUACUCCAAUGGAUAUAUGUCCACAAUUUUAUACAUUUCAAAUGACGAUGUUAGUUUUGAUGUAA